GAUUACCUCUGUUUUUUUCUUUCUUUUUUUUUUUUUGAUUUUUUUUCUCACUUUCCGUAUUCUUGAUUCCAAUAAGUUUUGUCUCAUUCCUUAAAUAAAUUUCGGUAAAUAAAAUUUGUUUCUGAACCUUGACCUAUGAAUUAUCCAUUUCUGAUUGCCUGAUCGAUCAGAUUAGAGUGACCAGUGGGCGGGAAUUAAGCAGUCUUAGAUAGACAGAUUGAGGAGCGAAGAAAAAGCCGAAUUCCCCCCACAGAUUAUAUGGAGCCUAUCUGUGAGUUUUGUGGCGUGGUGAGGGCAGUAGUUUACUGCAAGUCGGAUGCUGCUAGACUUUGCUUACAUUGUGACAACUCUGUUCACUCUGCUAAUGCUCUGUCGCGCAGGCAUCUGCGUUCCCUGCUAUGUGAUAAAUGCAAUUUGCAGCCUGGAAUAUACCGGUGUAUGGAUGAGAAAUUGUGUAUAUGUCAAGCUUGUGACUGGAUUGGCAAUGGCUGCUCAGCCCCGGGACAUAGACUCCAGUCAUUGCAGUUCUAUAUGGGUUGUCCUUCUUUGUCUGAUUUCUCAAGGCUUUGGUCUUCAGUUCUUGAUUUGCCCAGUGCCACCGGUCUUAAGGCUGGAUGGGGUUCAAUGAAUUCAGUGGCUGUGGAUGAGAAUUGUGUGAGCCAGUGCUUGGAGCCUAAAGACAAUGAAGGAUCCCUUGUGUUGGGGUGUAACAAGUUGAAUGAACAAAAGCCCUGGGUGGGUGCAUCUUCCUCAAUGCCUGGUGCAUACUCCUCAAUGCCACCUGAUCGGAAGUUCACUUCAUCAUACUGUAAAGACCAAACACCUUUCUUGCCAGAUGAGUCGAAUCCAUCAAAGGUUAUUUCUUUUAUUUUCUCACUACUGAUCAACCAGUCUCAAUCUCAGGGUUGUUCCAAUUUCAAGGAUCUUGGGCUUAAUGAAGGUGGUGAUCUCUGUCAGGGCAUCAACAUGGAUGAUGUUGCAGUAAACUUUGAGAACAGUGAUGAGAUGAUCGGUUCCUCACAAGGUCAUUCUACAUGCCGAUAUGACAAUGCAGGAAUGGACAGCCGAUUAAUGGAUAAAAACUUAUCAGUUACUGAAUCUAAUGGCCCCGUAGAAAAUGCUUUAGAGGCUUCGUCACUGAGGCAACACAACUGCAAUGCUUUUCCAUCCUCUUGUGCUGCUGGGUCAGCUAAUGUGAUCGAGGCUAUGAGUGGUAGUGUCGGCUGCAUGCUUGUGAACCCUAGUUGCAGCAGAAAGAUGGGACUAGGAUUUCCUGGUGGGCAAGUUCAUGCGAGUGUAUCACUUUCACUAUCCAAUGUCACUGGUGAAAGUAGUGCAGCUGAUUAUCAAGAUUGUGGACUUUCACCAGCAUUUCUGGCUGGUGAAUCACCAUGGACAUCAAAUUUGGAUGCUCAUUGCCCACAAGCAAGGGACAAAGCUAAGAUGAGAUACAAUGAGAAAAAGAAAACACGAACCUUUGGCAAACAAAUCAGAUAUGCUUCUCGUAAAGCCAGAGCUGAUACUAGAAAACGUGUGAGAGGUAGAUUUGUUAAGGCGGGUGAAGCAUAUGACUAUGACCCUCUUACAUCAACAAGCAACUGAUUCAGCUCAUCAUACAUUGCAACACAAGGCUCAAUUGAAUGGGUCUAAACUUUCUUGCCUGAUUUAGAAACGGAUUGCAGAAACCAGAUUCAACCUCUUUUUUCUUUCUCACAUUCCAAAGCCCUGGACUUUCAAGUACUUGGUUCAUUUAUGUUUCAACCAUUGAAGGAAAAAUAUCUUAAAGCAGAACUAUCUCCCAGAAUUUUUUUAAUGCUGUGUUUACCUCAUCAAAUAAGUAACAUCAAUUCACAUAUGUGAAACAUCAGAUGCCUACACAGGUAGCUCGUUUAGAUGAUUUGAUUUUUUGGCUAAUGAAGCAAAGAGAGAGGCCUUUAACAAUCUGGGAACAGCCUCAGCUAUCAUUUGAUAUAACAGUGUAUCCCAUGCAUUCUCAUGGCUAGAUGAGUUUUCAUUCAGGAGAUGCACUUGGUGAAGGAACAAGUCCUCACAAUGAGCAGUUUGCUUCUUCGAUCAUUCCUCUUCUGAAGAUGUCCAUUUGCUUCUGCCUCCCAUCUCCACCACUCUUGAAAUGGAUGAUGUCCUUUGCUAGUCAGUUUUGGCCAUGUUAGGUGAACUUAUUUUGUCCGAUAGUUUCCAUUCCAUGAAAUAAGCUUUGACUGACACAACAGUUGUCCAAUGAAAGCAAGGAACCUGUAAUUUCUCGAAUUUGAUAAAAUAUCCUUUUUGCUUUCACAA